AUGUAGCUACCGCGGUUAGGGUAGCCAAUCGGAUUCCGAGAAACACAACCUUGGCUCAACAGCUUGUUAUUUCGUUUAUGCUUUGCAACCCAGGCGAGUGGUGAGCGGACAUACAGGAGUAUCGACCAGAACCAAGCUGGACUCCCCCAAACAGCCAGCACAAUGAAGGUAGCAGAUGAGCCUGCCUACCUGACUGUGGGAACGGAUGUGAGCGCUAAAUACCGAGGUGCCUUCUGUGAGGCAAAAAUCAAGACUGUUAAACGGAUGGUAAAAGUUAAGGUGGUGCUCAAAGGAGACAGUACCUCACAAGUCGUGCAAGAUGACCAGGUCAAAGGACCUUUGAGGGUGGGUUCCACAGUGGAAGUCAAGAGUGCAGAAGGAGUUUUUAUUGAAGCUGUCAUCAGUAAACUUACAGACGCUAGCUGGUACACUGUGGUUUUUGAUGACGGAGAUGAGAAAACACUCAGAAGAACGUCACUGUGUCUUAAAGGUGAACGACAUUUUGCAGAGAGUGAGACUUUGGACCAACUGCCUUUGACUAACCCAGAGCACUUUGGGACUCCCGUCAUUGGGAAGAAGACUAAUCGAGGACGGCGGUCUUCUCAGGCAGUUGUGGAGGACGAGAAGGAGUCUUCAUCUAGCGAGGAGGAGGAAGACGACAGACGGAGACUCAGUGAUGAUCUCUUGGGGAAGGUGGCUUUCGUUCAGACUGGGCCAGACCAAGCGUGCUGGUUCCAUGCCCUGGUGAUCUCUCCAAGCUGUAAUGAUGACAUAACUGUUAAAAAGGACCAAUGCUUAGUGCGGUCGUUUGCUGAUUCCAAAUUUCACACUGUGGGCCGCAAUGAUGUUCAAGAGUUGUGUGUUGAGACCAUGUGUGAAUCGGAGCACUCUGAUAAAAUCGGAUUUAAGGAGGCACUGCUCUUUAUAAAGACCAAGCAGAUCCCUGAUACCUGGAAGAUGGAUAUGAGUGAGAUCUUGGAAUCUUCCAGCAGUGAUGAGGGUGAAGGCAAGGAAAGCGAGGAAGAAGAGAAGGAACCAGAGCCAGAAGAGCCUGAUGAUGAGCCAGACCCAGAAGAGAGGGACCACUUCCUACAGCAGUUGUACAAGUUCAUGGAGGACAGAGGCACACCAAUUAACAAACCUCCUGUGCUGGGCUACAAGGAUCUGAACCUCUUCAAGCUCUUCAGGCUGGUUCAUCACCAUGGUGGCUGUGACAAUAUUGAGAGUGGGUCUGUAUGGAAACAGGUCUAUAUGGAUUUGGGAAUUCCCAUCCUGAAUUCAGCAGCUUCUUACAAUGUGAAGACGGCUUAUAAAAAGUACUUGUAUGGAUUUGAAGAGUACUGCCGAUCCGCUCAGAUCCAGUUCAGGACCGUGCACCAUAACGAGCCUAGGCCAGUCGUUCAGCCAGAUGUAAAGACUGUUAAGCAGGAAAAGGAGAUCGAGAGUGAAGACAAGGGAGACCAGACCCAGCAGGCUAAAGCUGAGCCUGAAGCCAGCAAAGACCAACCUGAUGGGGAUGAGUCGGAUGGCGAGGAUGAGAAAACCCGCAAAGACAUCUGCUCUCCUAGGGGCCGACGACGCUGUACAGUGACUCCAUUAAAAAUGGAAGGGAAGGAGCCUGUCAAACAGGAAAAAGUAAAGGAGGAGAAAAAGCGUGAGGAAGUGCGAGUGGGAGAAGGCAGCGGAGAGGAACAGAAGGAAAAAACAGAGGGAGAUAAUUUGGGGAAGCGACGCAGUCGGCGCCUAGAAGAGUCUGACAAAGAUUCAGAUGAAGAUGAUCAGGAGGAAGAUGAUGAUGAAGAUGAUGACAGUGAAAAAUCCAGACUUAGAGAAAGAGAUGAGAGGGAGGAUGAAGACGGCGGCGAAGAGUCUGAGCACUCGGUCACUGGGACAAAAGUCAAGGUCAAAUAUGGCAAAGGGAAGACCCAGAAAAUCUAUGAAGCCAAUAUUAAAAACACAGAGACUGACGAUGGAGAAGUCCUUUAUCUGGUCCAUUACUACGGGUGGAAUGUGAGGUAUGACGAAUGGGUGAAAGCUGAUAGGAUAAUAUGGCCUGUUGAUAAAGGAGGAACAAAGAGAAGACAAAAAAAGAAAGUGAAGAACAAAGAUGAUGGGGAGAAGGAGGAAGACAAACCGCCCAAACCAGUGGCAAAACGUGGCCGUCCUCCACUAAAAUCCACCCCUCCUGGCACCUCCCGCAGUGUAUCCAAAACUUCUAACAGUGAGAGCAGACCUGGCACUAAAACCCCCCGUCUCUCAGACACUCUACCCAAUGGAGAGGGAACUCCUCGUCGGCGCACAAGGAAAACCUCUGGCAUGUACGAUUCCGACAGGGCAUCUAAUGAUUCAGGAAACUCAUCAGACGAAAGUGAGGGUGAGGACACUCCUGAGAAAAAGCCUGAAUGGGCAGAAAAGACAGAUCCUGCAACAGCCCGGAAGCAGGAGGAGGAGGAGGAGGAGGAAGAAGAAGAGGAGGAGGAAGAAGAAGAAGAGGAGGAGGAGGAGGAAGAAGAAGAAGAAGAAGAGGAGGAGAAAGGAAAGGUGGAGGAUGCUGAGGUCGAGCCCGUGGGUCCCAAAAUCCCUCAGGAGAAACCACAAUCGCCGGAGGCAAGUGAGCCGGAGAAACCUGAGGAAGAAGCGGCAAUGUCGCCUGACUCUGGUGACGGUUCUCCCAAACUGAGAGCAAAAAGGGCUCGUCAAAGAGAACCUGGCUCUGAGACUCUGAUACAGCUGCCUGCUGCAACAAACCAGGCAGAGCCCAAGGGGCCUGGCACUCUUCCUCGCCAGCCUAAGAAGCCUCAGGAUAGUGAGCACAUUAGCACUACAGAGCAAGUGCCUGAAACAGCUGGCUCUGACACGGAUUCAGCCACUGAAGACAUCGGCCCACCAGAGAGGAGUUGCAUAGCCAAGCGCAAAGCCACGGAGUUUUGGACUCCAGAAAAGAAGAUUCGCCUUGAGGACAAAUUGGAGCCAAAAACUCCGUCACCAGAGAAGAAAUCAGACAACGAACGACCAAAAGAGAAUGUUCAAGAGACAGAAGAACCCCUUGCACCACCAGUUCCAACAGUAGUAGUAGCUCCUCCUGAAGUCCCAGAGGUCAAGACGGAAAUGCCUGCUCUUACCAAAGAAGUCCAGAUAAGAGUAGAACCUCUUUCAAGCUUGUGCACAAUUAAGGAAGACUCUUCAGCAAUCACUGAUGAAGAGACGAUGCCGCAGAUAGGCGCAGAGGCAUUAAUGUGUCACGAGGUAGAUCUAGAUGACCCUGAAGAGAAGGACAAGCCAUCAGGAGAGGAGCCACUGGUGCUAAGGGAGGAAAAGACUAAUGCUUCCAACUUGGCCGUAGCUCAGGUGCAGGCCCAGCAGCCCUCCUUCCAUCUUCCUCCUAGCCUGACGACAGCAGCGCCUCCUCAGCUGUGUUCUCCAUCCUCCGCUCCCAGCCCAGACGAGUCUCACAGCACCAAAAGUGAGAGCGACGCCACCAUCGAAGCAGACAGCAUGGCCGAGUCACACGAGGGACUCUGUGAGAACUUUGACGCUAGUGCGAGCUCCAGCAACUCCAGCAUUUCCCUGCAGGAGAGGGAUGCCAAGGACAAAGGUCAGAAAAGAUUGCAUGACUGCAACAGUGGCUUAUCUGCCAAGAAGCAGAAACGUAACCAGAAACGGUUAGGAGCUGCUUCUGCUGCAGAAAAAAACGGAGCAGGUCACAGCAGCGACAGUGAAGACCUGUCUGCCAUGGACACCUCUACUAAACUGACUCCAGUAAAACACUCCAGCCUGGCCAAGGCCCAUAAGCUCUCUCGCUCCCCUGGCCAUGCUUCUCCCAGCAGUAAAGACAUGGAGAAAGACAAGCACAAAGACAAGCAGUCCUUCCCCUCUCCACGCACAUACAAAUGGACUUUCCAGCUGAAUGAGCUAGACAACAUGUCGAGCACUGAGAGAAUUUCCUUUUUACAAGACAAGCUUCAGGAAAUCCGAAAAUACUACAUGUCGUUGAAAUCGGAGGUGGCCUCCAUCGACAGGAGGCGGAAGAGAUUAAAAAAGAAGGAGAGAGAAGUGUCCCACACCACAGCAUCUACAUCCUCUGGCUCAUCAGACACAGGCAUGAGUCCAUCCUCAGCUUCACCCACUCAGAACACUGUAGCUGUGGAGUGCAGGUGAUAAAAUACCACGCCUGUUUAUCCCUCCACUCUGCCCACCUCUGCCUUCUCAGCAUCUCUGCUGCCUCGAUGGAGACGUGCAUACUGAUGAGCCAGAGCAAGCAGCCAUAGCACUCAAUUGCCCUGCCUCCUUCUCCUCCUCCACCCUUUCCCGUCCCCCGAUCCUCGUGGCCACUCCCACCUUCCUGCACUUUGUAAACUGAUCUUGCCUCUCACUCGUCUCGCUGCCACUUUCCACAUCAGGCAUCAGGAAACUGAUUCAUUGUGAGGGUUGAAUGUUUAAAAAAAAAAAAAAAGAAAAAAAGUAAAUAUCAAUCAACAGACAGUACAGCGGCACUUUUGUCUCCCCCUUCCUUGAUACUGGCCCGAAACAGAAGCCUCCUCUUACAGCCUGUGUGACACAGACUGGUUUGGAUGCUGUAAUUGUUCAAAAAAGCUUUCAUCAUCACAUUGUAAAAUCCCAGAUUAAGCUCUCCCUGUAAAGGUAUCGUCACUUAACCAGCUGGACAUGGUUAGGGGAAAAAAAGAAAGAAAGAAAAGGUCAAUUUCGUGCGCUUGCUCCAUCAGAACUGCCAAAGUACACACGUUACAGCAGAGUGCCCUAUUUUGGAAAAGUGGGACAAAGUCAAUUGCGAAAGGGAAUGUAGUUUACUGAAAACUGCAGCUUGUCUUCCACUCUUUGUAGUAAGCGAUAGUGUGCGCGCAAACAUUAUUAUGCAAAACUCUAUUUUUGUCUUUAAAAAUAAAAUAAAAAAAUAAACAAACAUGAAAGAAAAUGUUUACAGUGGAACACGGGACAAAAGAUGUUUUCAGUGGACUAAUUUCCUUUGCGAGUGUAUUUUGUCUUUUUAUAUGUAAUUGCAGAGUUUUAUUUUAGUAUGAAAUUUCAAAAGGUAUAUAUUACAGCCAUGAAAUUAUUUAAUGAAAUAUUUCUAGGUCUGAAUUUUUGUGUAAAAUAAAGGUAUUAUCUUGCAACUUGUUAAGUAUAUUUAUUCAGACGAUGAACAGCGUUUUUUUUUGUAUUCUUUCCAAGAUGAAAACAUCAUUCAUUUGGUCAAUGGUGAAGAAAAAAAAAAGGAAAUUAACUAAAAGAAUGUGGUGGAUGAGUUAGACUGUGAAGUCACAAUUGGGUAACUACUGUGCAGUAAAUUGUUCCCAUGCUUAUUCUCCCCUUUUCCCAUUUGGGCCUAGUGAUCUGGAGAUUAUUAUUUUUUUAAACCUUUUAUGGACCACCAUUAGUUGGUGACCUGCCAUUCUCAAGUUCAAAUUAGCCGGUACUUGUGUUAAAGCAGUUUGUUCCUAACGUUCCAACAUCGAGUUCUCAACCAACUGAAUAAAGGUUGCAUAAUUGUUGUGUAUGUUUAGCCCAGGGGUUUCUUACUAUGAUGAUUUUCUUUUGUAUAUAGAUCUUCCAAAAACCAUGUAUUUGAGAAAUACAUUUUACACAAACUGUAAAUGAUUUAUAUUAUUUUUUAAACAAUACAUCUUUGUAUAUUAAACUUUUUUCUAUGUCAAGUUGGUAGAGGAAUUAGCACACUUUACUGUAUAUAAUCAACCACUGGUCGUCAACAGGAGCCUAAUCCCAGCCCUAUAGAGAAAUUAUCCCACUAGGAUGUCGAAUACGCUUAAGGCGGUGAUUUGUGGAUAUAAUGAGAACCUGCUUCCCUGUGAGUAAAAUUAAUUUACAUAUUCCUAGAUGAAGGAAUGAAGGCAUUAGGUUCCUGAGCAAAGCCAUUGUAUCUUUAUGUAAAAUAGCAGAGCUCUUUUCAUUUCUAAUAAAAUUUUGAAAUAUU